AUGGGCCUGCUGGAGACGACGCGGCUGUCGGGCCCCACGAGCGACCUGGUGAACGUGACCGCGCACGAGCGGCCCUCGAUGUGGGACUUGUACUUGCACCACUGCCCCAAGUGGCGGCCGAUGAACCACGUGUUCUUCCAAGUGGCGAACGUGUUGUUCCUGCUUUCGUUCCUGGCGCCGCACACGCCGAGCGGGCUGCUGUGGCUGCGUGUGGCCCUGAUGCUGGCGUGCGCCUUCUCCGGCAUGUGGGCGUGGAGCGUCGAGUGCUACCUGGACGCCGUGCUGUGGAACAGUGCUUUCAUACUGAUCAACUUUGUAUAUUUCUCAGUGCAGUUCUAUCUCAUGAGACCUAUUAAGUUCCACAAGGAUAUUGAGGAG